GCGGCGGACAAGGUCCGCCCUGCCUGAGGGACCGAGUCAGGGAUGCUGACGGGCUUCGCUCGGUUGGGCGGCUGGCGGCGAUGAGCGGCAAACGGCUUCUUAACCGGGAAGGCCGGAGCUGAGGGCCUUGGGGGACACCUGGAGAAGAGGCCUCAGGCACUGCCCUGCAUGCGCAGGUGUCCUCGCUAGCAUCUUGGUCUUCUUCCUCUGCGGGUGCCUGGGUUACCGCUGGCCCGCGGGUGUCGCCCCUCCGCACCCCCUUCGCCCUUUGUUUAGUAGCCUAGUCCUUUUGACACUUCUGUUGGAGUGGAGUUCUCCUCUCCUAGCACACUGAGCUGGAAGUCAAGCCCAGGAUGUAAUAGUCGUUGAGAUCAGAGGUGUCUCUUAACUAGGUAUACGUUAAAUGGUCACUCUGAAAAGUGCCUAUGGACCUAGAGAAAAGGACCUUUGUGAGUCGUCCUAAGGCGUAUUUACCUUUGGCAUGAUCUCAUAGACAUAGACCAAGCAUGUUACAAGAGCUGCCAUCACCCAAAAUAAACAUUGAGCUUAACAGCACACUUCUCUGGACACUCUUAUAGUCUCUUUUUGCUAGAGACUUUUUUUUAUAUAGUUUCACCUCUGAACUGCUGCCUGUUAUUGCCUCAUCACAUGAAAAAAAAAUGGAUAAAUUUGGGACCUAUCAAAUGUUCAAGUUACUUAUGCAAGUUGUGUGACCUCCCUAGGUUGGAGUAUUAAAUGUGUAACAUGAAAACUUUGAACUAGGUCAUCUUUCAGCCCCCUCUUUUUUUAAUGUUUAUGAAUUCCAUGUUCAACUAUCUGCCUUUUCCCACGCUCCAGUUUUAAAAUCUACUUUCCAUCCCUGAGAGAAGGGCAUUUAGUGCUGAAGAGUCAAGUUUUUUUUACUAAAACAGUCUGGUUUGAAAAGCUGGUCAUUUCAUAACUAUCUUUUCCUUAGAAAAACUGAUUUCCCCCCUCCUUUUAAUAGCAGCAGAAAGCAAACAGCAAACCCUGAAGAGAUGCUCAGUUUUUCUUGACUUCUACAGUGAAAGACCUUGAAAAAGUUGGCACUUCUAGCCUAAGCGGCCCUCAUUCUACUGCUCACCCCAAGACAACCCAGGCUGGACUGUAGCGCUUCCCUCAUCAACCAGAGCAGCAUUUGACUGUUUUCAAAUCUAAAAGAACCCUGGCCCCAAACUUCAUAAUUGGCACCUCAGCUGCUCUUUAAGGUUACAGUUGGGCUGGAGAGAUGGCUCAGUGGUUAAGAGCACUGACAGCUCUUCCAGAGGUCCUGAGUUCAGUUCCCAGCAACCACAUGGUGGCUCACAACCAUCUGUAGUGGGAUCUGAUUUCAUCUUCCGGUGUGUCUGAAGUUGGAGCAUUCAUAUAGAGAGCGAGCUUACAAUCUGGACAGUGACUUAUUACCACCACAACAGAGCCUGCCAUCCCCAGCAGAUUGCCAGCACCUAUGACAUCAUCCCCUUCUUUGUCUCAUUCUGUGGUCUGCUAAAUGCUCAUCUCGUUGGCUUGGAUUUAGUUGGUGGUAUGGAGGGGUGCUGCUUAGCACUGACCUGAGAGUGUGUGUGAAACCCACUGACCCAAUGGACAUCAAAGGCCAGUUCUGGAAUGAUGAUGAUUCAGAAGGAGAUAAUGAAUCAGAGGAGUUUCUGUAUGGAGUUCAGGGGAGCUGUGCAGCUGACCUUUAUAGACACCCACAGCUUGAUGCAGACAUUGAAGCAGUGAAGGAGAUCUACAGCGAGAACUCCGUGUCCAUCAGAGAAUAUGGAACUAUCGAUGAUGUGGACAUUGACCUCCACAUUAACAUCAGCUUCCUCGAUGAAGAAGUAUCUACAGCUUGGAAGGUCCUCCGAACAGAACCUAUUGUGUUGAGGCUACGGUUUUCUCUCUCCCAGUACCUUGAUGGACCAGAACCAUCAAUCGAGGUUUUCCAGCCAUCGAAUAAGGAAGGGUUUGGGCUAGGUCUUCAGUUGAAAAAAAUCCUGUAUAUGUUUACAUCCCAACAAUGGAAGCAUCUGAGCAACGAUCUCCUGAAGACCCAGCAGGAGAAGAGACACAGUUGGUUCAAGGCGAGUGGUAGCAUCAGGAAGUUCCGAGCUGGCCUCAGCAUCUUCUCACCCAUUCCCAAGUCUCCCAGUUUUCCUAUCAUACAGGACUCCAUGCUGAAGGGCAAACUGGGUGUACCAGAGCUUCGAGUUGGACGCCUUAUGAAUCGUUCCAUUUCUUGCACCAUGAAGAACCCAAAAGUAGAGGUGUUUGGCUAUCCCCCCAGCCCCCAGGCAGGUCUCCUGUGCCCCCAGCACGUGGGCCUCCCUCCCCCAGCACGGACUUCUCCUUUGGUCAGUGGUCACUGCAAGAACAUCCCCACUCUGGAGUAUGGAUUCCUUGUACAGAUUAUGAAGUAUGCAGAGCAGAGGGUUCCGACGUUGAAUGAGUACUGUGUGGUGUGUGAUGAGCAGCACGUCUUCCAGAAUGGGUCCAUGCUCAAGCCAGCUGUCUGUACUCGGGAGUUAUGUGUCUUCUCCUUCUACACACUGGGAGUCAUGUCUGGAGCUGCAGAAGAAGUGGCUACAGGAGCAGAGGUGGUAGAUCUGCUGGUGGCCAUGUGUAGAGCAGCUUUGGAGUCCCCUAGAAAAAGCAUCAUCUUCGAGCCUUAUCCCUCUGUGGUGGACCCCACUGAUCCCAAGACUCUGGCCUUUAACCCUAAGAAGAAGAAUUAUGAGCGGCUUCAGAAAGCUCUGGAUAGUGUGAUGUCUAUUCGGGAGAUGACCCAGGGCUCAUAUUUGGAAAUCAAGAAACAGAUGGACAAGCUGGAUCCCUUGGCCCAUCCUCUUCUGCAGUGGAUAAUUUCUAGCAACAGGUCACACAUUGUCAAACUACCUCUCAGCAGGCAGCUGAAGUUCAUGCACACCUCACACCAAUUCCUCCUGCUGAGCAGCCCUCCUGCCAAGGAGGCUCGGUUCCGGACCGCCAAGAAGCUCUACGGAAGCACCUUUGCCUUCCAUGGGUCCCACAUUGAGAAUUGGCAUUCAAUCCUGCGCAAUGGGCUGGUCAAUGCAUCCUACACUAAACUGCAGCUGCAUGGAGCAGCCUAUGGCAAAGGCAUCUACCUGAGCCCCAUCUCCAGUAUUUCCUUUGGAUACUCAGGAAUGGGCAAAGGACAGCACAGGAUGCCUUCCAAGGACGAGCUGGUCCAGAGAUACAACAGGAUGAACACCAUCCCCCAGACCCGAUCCAUUCAGUCAAGGUUCCUGCAGAGUCGGAAUCUAAACUGUAUAGCACUCUGUGAAGUGAUUACAUCUAAGGACCUCCAGAAGCAUGGAAACAUUUGGGUGUGCCCUGUGUCUGACCAUGUCUGCACAAGGUUCUUCUUUGUAUAUGAGGAUGGGCAAGUGGGCGAUGCCAACAUUAAUACUCAGGACCCCAAGAUACAGAAGGAAAUCAUGCGUGUGAUUGGAACUCAGGUUUACACAAACUGAGGGGGCCCCAGCCCUCGUACCACCCUGUUCCCCAGGAUCCAUCUGCCCUUGUCAAAGGGCUCAGGAGCAGCAAGUGAGGCUGCCCUGAGAAAUCCAAGGGGCAAGAAAAGAAGAGGCGGCCUUCAUGGUGGAGAUUGAUCCAGGAACUACUCCACAUUUGGAUGGCCCUGACUGACUCCCACCCCUGAUUGUAAAUAAAACAAUAAAAUGGAAGGUGCUGUGGACUGGA